AUGAGCCUCACAAGUAUAAUUGUCCAUCUUAUCAAUUUCCAGGGCAACCAGCCGGGCCUGUGUCCCACGUGCACUUUGGUCGUGGUCACCAGCACGCGGCCAAGCAAGCAGGUGGAAGGCUGGUACCAUUAUCCCAACGAGAAGAUCAUUGCGCAACUGCUCGACGUCCUGGAUGAUGUGAAGCGCAAGGGGCGGCAGGGCAAUGCCACGAUUGUCAUGUCUUUCUCCUACGACUGGCCGCACCGCAUUUCACCCAUGGUUUCCAUCGCCUUCCGGAACCUCCUUCAGAAGCUGGACGAGCUCGACGUCGUGCUGGUGGCCUCCGCCAACAACCACGCCGUGGACGACCCAGCAUACCGGGGGGCGCCCCCCCGCGAGGGGAUGCCCGUGCGACGAUAUCCGGCCAAGUUCGCGGACCCCAACGAUCAGUAUGGCGGCCUACCCAAUAUAAUCAUGGUUGCAGCGACCGACAUGAACGCGCUGCGAGUUGAGGAGUCUAACUUCUCCCCGUUUGUCGCCGCGUUUGCCCCUGGGGCAGGCCUCCACUGCCCCGCUGGCCCUUCCUCUGGCAUGGAAGAGUCGCUGCGCUGGCCAACUACUUCCGCUCGGUGCCCUCUCGCUGGCAGUCCUGAGCUGGACAAGCUCAGCAAUGUGAAGAAUCUCAUCCAGCUCUAUGCGCGUUACUUCAGGGCAAUGGGCAGCAACGUAGACGCCAAAAAGCUGCGCCCGGUCAUCUGGAAUGGUCAGAUCCGCGAGCACAGCUGUAUCCGCGAGGCCGGGUCCACGGAAGACUGGGCCAAGACGUGUCCCAAUACCCAGGACAACCUCGAGGACGAGUCGACCAAUCCAGAUGAGCGCCGACAAUCUGGCAGCAGUCGCAGCUGCCCCAACUUCCCGGGGACAAGGGCCCUGGGAAGCAGAUGA